AUGGCUUGCUACGUGUCUCGGAUAUGUCUGGCUUUCUUUCUCCUCUAUGCGAUUGUCGAUUUCUCAUCGGCGAAGAAUGCAAAAGACGAACGAGAUCUAGAAGUAGCUGCUAGCCAUCACCACGGCGGUCAUCACGAAUCUGGUGGUGGCCAUGAGCAUCAUGGUCAUCAUCACGAAGAACACGGAGAGAAAGGAGACAAGGGUUACAAGGGUUCUCACCAUCACGAGAAAGGCGAUCAUGGCCAUUAUGGUAAAGAACAUCACGAGGGACAUCAUGGCGAACAUGGUGGACAUAAGAAGGGACAUCACGAAGAGGACGAACAUCACGGCCAUCAUCACGAGCAUGAGCAUGGCCACAAGGGCUCCAAAUUUGGUCAUUCGAAGGGUCACAAAAAAGGAGAAAAAACUCAUGGGUAUCAUCACAAAGCUCAUAAAGAUGAAUAUCACAAGGAACAUAAGUUCUACGAUGAUUAUCACAAAGGCGGACAUCAUGAGAAACAUGGAUCCCAUCACGGACAUCACGGAAGCAAAGAGGGACAUCAUAAAAAGGGUGGACAUCACCACUCCGGUCAUCACGAGGAUCAUCAUGGAAAGAAGGGCCACCACGAUAAAGGACACUUUGAUGAGGAUCACAAGGGACAUCAUGGAAAGCAUGGCCAUGAGGAACACUAUCAUCAUCACGAAGACUAUGGAAAGAAAGGCGAACAUCACGGAGGGAAAUCUCACGGAUUCUCGAGCGGUGGUGGUCACGGAGGUGGUGGCGGCGGCGGCGGCGGAGGUGGUGGUCACGGCGGCGGAGGUGGUGGUCAUGGCGGCGGAGGUGGUGGUCACGGCGGCUACCAUCGCUAA